GCCUUCAGUCUUCUCAAUCCCCAAAACAUGAAGCUCUCACAGUUCUUGCCACUCUCGCUGGCGGCGACGGCGACUCUCGGCGCUGCCUCGCCAGCUCGUCGUCCGCAACUGGCCCCCAGACAACCCAGUCCUCCAUGCAACGAGUCAAACACAUACGACUACAUCGUUACUGGAUCCGGACCUGGCGGUGGGACAAUUGCCACCAAUCUAGCCAAGGCCGGCCAUUCAGUACUGCUCAUCGAGGCGGGCAGCGACCAGUCAGACCUCCUUGCCACGCAAAUUAUGUCAUUUGUCGGGAGAGGUGGAUCCGCUGUGACCUGGGGUUUCUUUGUGAAGCAUACCGACGACAUUGAGCGUACCAAGCGGUACAAUCUGCUGGUAUGGCGUCUUACGACUGGCGGGUAUUGGGUAGGGAGGUAUCCUGGCCCUCCGCAAGACCCCAAUGCGGAGAUGAUGGGUGUUUACUACCCUCGCGGCGCAACAUUAGGGGGUAGCGCCAUCACCAAUGCAGGUGCUUUCUUCCUGCCGGCGGACAGUGACUGGAAGAUCUUCAACAAGGGCUCACAAGAAGAAAUCUGGAGCGCACAAGAUAUCCGUCGCAUCCUGACUAAGGUUGAGCACAACAACUACCUGCCGAACGGAACAGAAGGCCAUGGAUUCAAUGGCUGGCUUCAAACCACCAUGGGUGACAGAGACAUUUAUGCAGACGGUGUCCCUCGCCUGAACAUCAUGCGGUCCAUGGCGAAUCUCGUCGGACUAGAUCCUAAUAAGCUUGUGGACUACGUUACCAGUGAUGGAAACUUCGAUGGCCCCGACCGCGACCAGACCACCGGCAUGUGGGGUCUUCCCUUCCACGCUACUUCGAAUUGGAAACGUUUCAGCCCUCGAGACAUCAUUCUGUCGACGAUUGGCCAAAAGAGGACAGACGGAACUCCAGCUUUCCCUUUGACUCUCAAGCUGAACAGUCUCACCACCAAAGUUCUCUUUGAACCGGGAGAGACUCCGAAGGCUAUCGGUGUAGAGUACAGGACGGGCGCAUCCAUCUAUCGCGCAGAUGCACGCUGGAACUCUACUGUCGCAAACGGAACUCAGCACACUGCCUAUGCCCGAAAGGAAGUCAUCGUUUCCGGUGGAACCUUCAACACGCCUCAAAUUCUACAACUCUCAGGUAUCGGCCCCAAAGCUCUGCUUGAAGAGUAUAACAUCCCUGUCGUUGCCGACCUCCCUGGCGUUGGCCGUAACCUGCAAGAUAAUUACGAGCUGCCCAUCGUCGGUCGCGCGCAAACAAACAUCUCCAUCCCCAACAACUGCACUUUUGGACAGCCCGGUGAUCCUUGUGUCGAACAAUGGCGCCGCGGUGAAGGACCAUACGCACAAGCCGGCAACAAUGGCUUUGGCACCCUCAUCAAGACCAGCAAAGCAAUCGACAACGAACGCGACAUCUUCUACUUCAACUCCCCUGGCGUACUUCGUGGCUUCACUCCAGGUGGAGCUAACAUUUCCCUCCCCGCUCAACCAGACCCACCGACCACAUUCGGCUGGCAGACUGUCAAGAUGCAUCCGCAGAACACACGCGGUGAAAUUAAGAUCCGGUCCAACGAUCCUACCAUAACUCCCGAUAUCAACUUCCACCACUUCGAAAGCGGCGCGGACACUGACGUACCCGCGAUCAUGGAGGCAAUCAACUUGGCACGCAAGUCGAUGAAGCAGACAGCAGGCCCCGUUGGACCCGUGACAGCGAUCGAGCCGCCGUGCCCACCGGAGAAUGUCGAUGAUGAGGGUGCUUGCAGCGAUCCUGAAAUCGAUCGCACUUGGAUCGAGGAGCAGAUUUUUGGUCACCACCCCGUGGGCACCGCGGCAGUCGGCGGAGAUGAUAACGAAUUGGCUGUUUUGGAUACAAGGUUGAGGGUCAGGGGAGUGCAGAGGUUGAGAGUCGUCGAUGCCAGUGCGUUCCCAAGAAACCCUGGAGCGUUCCCUGCGGCGGCUACUUUCCUGCUAGGCGAGAAGGCAAGUGAGCUCGUGCUUGAAGAUUCGGACAGCUUGUAG